UAUAAGUCCAGCUCCAUAUGCGUCCGACGACUCGGAGGCCGUACUGUAUAUGUAGUCUUUGAACUGCCUGCCAUCUACCGCCAGCACGUCGGUGCUGCUAGAGACUCAGACUGAAGUACUAUUCUGUCAAGGCCUGCCAUCGAGGUGUGUCUUGGACACGUUCAAGUUCAGGCUAUCCCUCCCUACCGCUACGCACCGUUACAAAUUCUGCGUCCACUUGCCUCACUACAUCAUAGACCAUGAGCCACUACUCCACGUAUGAUGAAGCGAGAGAAGUGACAAGGCCAUUCCUACCACUCACCCCGCCUCCCGAGGCGACUCUCGGGCUCGAUACCUCCGCCCUGCUCGAGUCUGUUGACAGCAAGCUCAACAAACUGAUCGACGAGCGGUUUCACAUCUCGCGACAGAUAUGCGCGCUGAAACGGUUGCGCAACACGGCCGCGCUCGUCCACCGUCUCCCUCUGGAGAUGCUCGUCGAGAUCUUCUUGCUUAUGACGGAGGGCGGAUCGAAACACAGAUCCGUUCUCGUCGUGAGCCACGUUUGCGCCCACUGGCGCGCCCUCGCGCUCGACUCAUCGUGCCUCUGGACACACAUACCGGUUCAGCAUUGCAAUCUCGCCAAGCUGUUUCUCGCACGCUCGAAGAAUCUGUGCGUGAAGUACUCGAUAGACGAGUUACCCACUCUGGCCAUGAGCCAGGCGAGGUCGCACAAUCUACCAUUAUUACCGCUGGAUCGAUUGCAGAGCUUGCGUGUUUUCAUUCGGGCGCCGGUGAACAUGGACAUCUUCAACCUUGUGGCUCUCACGGGGCGGGCCCCGAACCUGGAAGAUCUCGAUUUGCAGACCAAGCGGGGAUCGUCAGCGUACGGGCUGCUGGAGGAGCUAGGACAUGCGCUCUUCGCCGACACCACGCCCAAGCUUCGUACCGUCGCACUGUCCAACCUUCACGUCAAUUGGAGGUCUUGUAUCUUCAACAACCUCACUCGGCUGAGAGUGGUUGACGAGUACCGCCUCAUUCCACCGCUAGAGGUGUUUCUUGACGUCCUAGAGAGGUGCCCUCACUUGGAACAACUGGUGUACCACGUCGACUCGGCCGUGAGGAGGCCAGAUCUAGAGCGUGCGCCCACCCGUUCGCGACCAGUGACGCUCUCGCGACUCCAGGAGCUUGACCUGAUGCGCCAGCCUUCCAAAUGGGUGGCAACUCUGCUGGACAACCUGGACAUUACGGUUACCCAUGCAUGCGUGCAACUCACUGCGUCCGUCGAAGAGGAUCAAGCCGAAAGGCCCGAGUUGUCUCUUGACAUGCUCCCUCCGGACAUAAGCCACAUCAUGACGCCGUCAUCCAUCCUUUCACUCGAGAUCACCCACGAGAUCGAUGAUUUCAGGCUCACUCUCCUUCCGGCCCUUUCUGACUGUUGCCUGCACCCAGACUUCGUACCCCUCGUAUAUCGGGCUGUGUUUCAAAAACUCGACACCACACGGCUCGAGGAGUUGAUCAUUGGAGAUCCAAGCCACGAGUUUGAAUAUUUCAUGCUGCCUGCAGACUGGUCGUUUUGCCUUCAACGCGCGAAGAACCUCCGCCAGCUUCAUCUGGCUGACAUCGCCCCUGAAGCAACCACUCGCAUACUCUCGUUGUUAUUCAUGCCGGCGAUAGACAUUCACGAUGAUGGCGACAUCAUUUGUCCACAGCUGUCGACACUGGCAAUCCAUGCGGCUUUUAUAAAUGACGAUGAAAAAAUCACAAUCGAACGGGUGUUGGCGGCUUGCAUGCGACGAGCCUCCAAUCAACAAAUACCUCUGAAAAUGGUGAGGCUGGAGGGCAUAGAAUGGCCGCAUCAGUCCCUUGAAGUGCCCGUGAUUGUCCGCCUGGAUACUGGGGGGAAUACGCCGGAGCGCCGCCGAGUAUGGACUGUAAUACUGUAUGCUUUUCAAUAUUCGCCAAUUUCUUUUGCCAUUCGUUACACUACGACCUCGGACCACGCCAUCAGAUACGACCCUGUGCAGAACCUGACUCUUUUUGCCCAACAAUCACUACAUAGACGUUAUGCGUACACCCUGCCAUACUACCCUCGAACCGGACGCGGGUCUGGGUGGCGCGACUAAACGCCCACACUUAUCGCGGUUAAGUGAGACAAUAAAUAUAAAUGCUGAG